AUGUUCCACCUGGCGAAAGGGCUGUACUCCAAUUGGAAUCGCAAAGAGCAGUACUCUAUACUAAUAUUGGGACUCGAUAAUGCGGGGAAAACGACGUACCUUGAAACACUGAAAAAAGAGUACUCUAGGAGUUUCAAGCCUCCUGAAAAGAUUACACCAACUGUUGGUCAAAACGUCGCUACAAUCCCCAUCCAGGAUUGCAUUUUAAAAUUCUGGGAUGUGGGAGGGCAAGAAACCCUACGAUCUCUCUGGGCAGAAUACUAUGCACAGGCACACGGUAUCAUAUUUGUGGUUGAUAGCACAGAUCGGACUAGGCUAGAUGAGUGUCGCGAAACUUUACGCACUGUAGUAACUGACGAUGAGAUCGACGGAAUUCCCGUGCUCAUGCUUGCCAACAAACAGGACCGCGAGGAUCGCAUGGAGGUACAAGACAUAAAAGAGGUAUUCAACAAGAUCGCUGAGCACCUAGGUGCUCGUGACAGUAGGGUUCUGCCGAUUAGCGCUCUCAAUGGACAAGGUGUCAAAGAGUCGGCAGAAUGGUUGCUUGUGAGGUUAAAAAGAAAUAAAGCCAGCAAACCACCGUUGUAUAAAUGA